AUGACGACUCUACUGCGACAUUGCGGCCACCGUGGUACCACACGUGGAGCCCUACGAGGAGAAGCCGAGCCUGUGGAAGCUCAUCUAACGAGCCUGCGGUACAUACAUCGUGAGCUUUGUCAGGAGAAAUCCCUGACGGAAUGCCAGAAAAUGUACGGCCUAGUCCGAUCGCAGCCCUGCCGCCUGCAAGGGGAGGCUGACUACAAGUUUUAUUUGGACAUCCAUCUGACGCACUUCAAUGGCAUUCACUUGCAAAUGCAGAAGGAGACGUUGCCCAUCGCCGCCACAGAUCAACUAUAUUACGCCUUGGAGGCAAUGGGUGUCCUCUUUGACACCAUGCGCCAGCGUAAAGUGGCAAAGAAUGCGGCUCUCCUGGUCCAGCUGAAUGAUGCCCUGUUCAGCAAGCGAGGCAAAGCCUUUCUGAUGUACCUGAGCGCCCUUCCGCCCGAGAGCACGACGAAAAUGUACGACCCGCUUCUCAAGCUCCUGAGCUGCAGCUGGGCCACACCCAGCUCUGAGCUGACUACUCAAUUCACGGAGUAUCUGGGCCUGGUUCUGGCACUGAUGCAGAUCGACAUGUUUUCCAUAGAAGCGCCGCUCGAACAACAACUGGCACUGAAGUUGCUGCGCAUUUGUCGCGACCUGUACAAGGACGUCUCUCCGCAGAACUACUCCAUCCAGCUCCUCUACUACUAUGUCAAGCUGUUGUACGUGCGCGAGGCUACGGCGGACUUCAAGCGGACUUACAUCGAUCUGUGCAAGAAGUUCGUCUACUUCUUCGAGCACAAGGGCGCGACGACGACGCCAAAGAGCAGUG